GUGCCCCGGCCGCUCCUCCCGGCCUCCGCAGUCCCGGCCCGGCGGGCGGCAGCGGUGCCCCGCGAUGCUGCAGUGCAAACACGCGCAGGAGUUCAGCUUCGGGCCCCGCGCUCUGAAGGACGCGCUCAUCUCCACCGACCCCGCGCUGCAGGAGCUCUACGCCAAGGCCUUCUCCAGGGCGGAGAAGCUGUUCCUGUCCGAGGCCUACAACCCCCAGCGCACGCUGUUCUGCACGCUGCUCAUCCGCACGGCCUUCGACUGGCUGCUCAGCCACCCCGAUGCCCCCGAGGACUUUGAGACCUUCUACCACGCCAUGCUGAGGAGGAAGCAGAACUUCUGUCGAAAGCACAUUUACCUGCAGCCCAUAGAUUUAAUGGAAGGGCCUGCUGGGCUCUCGCUGCUGGAUUCCCUCCAGAGCUGUGUGGAGUCUUUUUUCCUGGGUCUGCGUGUGAAGUGCCUUCCCUCCAUCCCAGUCUCUUCCAUCCACUGCUGCUUCCGCCACAGCCGGGACUCGGACAGGGUGCAGCUCCACGCAGAUGGGAUCCUGAAUUUCCUGAAGAACAACAAGCCCAUGGAUGCACUGUGUGUCCUUGGACUUACCCUGCUGGACCUUUACCCAUGUGAGACCUGGAGCUUCACAUUCAGCAAAUUCCUGCCAGGACAAGAAGUGGGAGUCUGCAGCUUUGCCAGGUUUUCUGGGGAUUUCCCCCAGGCUGGUUGUAGCAGCUUGAACCCACCCAAGCAGAAGGAAGAGCUGUGUGAAGUCAGCAAGGAGGGCAGAGACCGGACCUUGCAGUUCAGUGCCCAGGAGAUGGUCCAGUGCUGUAAGGUGACCUGUCACGAGAUCUGCCACCUGAUGGGGCUGGGGACGUGCCGCUGGCUGCAGUGCAUCAUGCAGGGCGCCCUGAGCCUGGACGAGGCCCUGCUGCGGCCCCUGGAGCCCUGCCCCAUCUGCCUGAGGAAGCUGCAGCACGUCGUGGGCUUCAAACUCAUCGAGCGCUACAGGAAGCUCUAUGCUUGGACACAGACUGUGCUGUCCACGUGGCCAAGGCAGGAAUCAGCAGAGCUCUCUGCCUCAGAGGACAUCCCCCCAUUCAGCUCUGACUCUGGGAUGUGCUGUGAGAACGACUCUGAGGCCGUGACCUCCCUGUCGGAGCCGCUGACCCCCGACACCUGCAGCCAGGGCCUGUCCAUCGGGCCGGAGCUGGAGCAGGACGAGCAGCCGGGCUCACUGCCGGAGGCACAGAGCCAGCCCCGGCUCCCUGGGCACGCCAAGGCCACGGACACCAUCAAGGAUUACGAGCUGUGGCUGGAGAUGUGCAUUGCUGCCCUGGAGAGGAACGUCUCUGAGGAGGAACUGGCUCAGGUGGACAAGACUGUGGAUGCCCUGGCGAAGUGGGAAAUGUUUACAGGCCAGCUGCCUGCUAUGAGGAAGGACCUGCCCUUUGCUAGGGACAGCACCGGGCUACGCAAAGUUCUCGGGGACAAAUUUUCCUCCUUGAGGAGGAAGCUGAGUUCCAGAAAACUGUCCAAGGGGGAGUCAUCCCCUCAGCGCUGGCGGUGGGAGGACAAUUAGGCUGGGGCUGCCUUGGGCCAGCUUUGCUCAUGCCACUGCCCAGCUUCCAGCCUUCCUCACCCCAAGCUGUUGCUGUCUCAGAGAAACAGC